AGAAGGAGCAAUGAGCAACAGCGGGGCAAGAGAGACUCCAGCCAGGCAGGGCGCUGCAGCUCCCAAGCAGCCUGCUCCAGGCGAACCGGUGCGGCGAGGCCGCGGAAGGCCGAAGAAGCAGCCUCAAGAACCUGUUGGUCCUCCUACACCCAAGCGACCUCGGGGAAGACCGAUAGGCAGCAAGAACAAGGAGCCUCGAGCAGUGCAGAAGAAAGCAGAGCCACCAAAAGUCAAGCGGCCUAGAGGAAGACCAAGGAAAUGGCUCUAUCAUCACCUCUCAUCCUCGUUUGCUCCAAAGAGAACAGCCGUAGCUUGCUGA